CCGCAACCCGCCUCCAAGACUACUAGGUAGAGAGACCAGCAAAAAAGAUGCGGUGUGGCGCUUCUGUGGCGGCUGCCUGUGGCUCAGGCGCCCCAGCUGGCUUCCCUGAUGAGCGCACGCGUAAAGUGCUUCCACCAAUUCAACGCGCUGAGACGCGUCCCACCGCCAUCUUUGCUCAGGUUCUCAAUCCGGCUCCACGCGACAGCUUGUCUCCCCAAUUCGUUCACCAGGUAGCCUGUAUCUGCGGCGGCAGCGACUCGUACUUUUCGCUCCCACAGCGACGCAUCACUCACACCACGCUAUAUGCUCGGCCGUCUCAGCUUCAGCUCGGGCUAUGAGAUUGUCCUUGCAGGCGCCUCUGUCCUCGUGGUCUAGUUGACGAGGCUUCCUUAUCGUGCAAGGCAUGGUCAUGGAUCCCCUCGAUGCCACGACGCCCACGAAUCGCAAGCGAUCACUUCCCGAAGCCGAUAUCGAACCGAUUGCCACGCCGGCAUCACUCAAGCGGGCGAGGCUCGAGCAUGUUGACGCCGAGUCGCCCUCGACCCCAAAGGCCUUGACGGCCAUCGCCAAUGCGAUUUCUGGCGUUUUGGGCUUCAGCCGUCCGCCACAAAAGGCCACAGACAGUGCCGCAGAGCCUACAGCCGUUGUGACAAAUGGCAUAAAGGGCAAUGGCCUCGUUGCAGGCCCCAGACCGCCCGCUCCUCUCGCAGCCCCGAAGCCGCGUCCAGCAAUCAAGCUGGCAGCACUCAAAGGGACGAAAUGGGACACGGGAAAUAUUGGGAGCGCCAAGCUCGCGCGGAAGCCCUCUACAGCGUCUGCCAAGAUUGCCGCUCGGCCUUCCCCUGCGACUGGCAGAGGACGCGGCCAGCAGAAUAGCGGCCUGGAGUCGCCCUCCAAGGGCCGACCCUCAGACGUGGACGCCGGUGUCGACUUGACCGAUGAGCUUCAGACCGAACCUGGGUCGCCGUCGGGCCGUGGCAAGGCAACCCAGAACCUGAUACUCGGCUCGACCAGCAAGAUCAAGGCGCCCAAAGGCAUCCUCACGCCGACCAAGAGACGAGGCCGCCCGCCCAAGAGCGUCACCUUUAACCGAGGUGUCGAUGCCGAUCUUUAUUUUCAGGACCUUCCGAAGACACCUAGCGGCCGGAAACGGGGCCCCAAGCCCAAGGUUGAGGAGGACGAUGACGAGAUACGAUGCGCGAUCUGCGCCAAAGCGGACUCGAACGCCCCGAACGAGAUUAUUUUAUGUGACAAUUGCGACUUUGCGGUGCAUCAAGAAUGCUACGAGGUGCCGGAGAUACCAGAGGGCGACUGGUUAUGCAAGUCUUGCGCCCAGGAAGAUGUUCUCAAGACGCCCGCCAAACCAGCAGACUCUAUAACCACCAGCAAACCAGAAGCCGAAGUGCCAGACAUACCAAACCUGUCGCAUCACUUACGUUCCUUUCAGCGUGUGCUUCUAGAUCGAUGCUUGGGUCAGAGGCGAAUCAAGAUGUUUGGACAGGAGGAGACGUAUGAAAAGGCGAAGCAGUUAGUCGAGCAGACGGUUGUGGCCGGGGAGGGCAAUUCGAUGCUCCUCAUCGGGCCAAGGGGCUGUGGGAAAACUACGAUGGUUGAGAACAUUGUGACGGAUCUAUCCCAGGCUCACGGGCACCUGUUCCACGUUGUCAGACUCAACGGCUUUAUUCAUACCGACGACAAGGUGGCAUUGAAAGAGAUCUGGAGGCAGCUUGGCAAGGAGAUGGAGGUGGAGGAAGACCUCGUCAACAGAACAAACUAUGCAGACACCAUGGCAUCGUUGUUGGCGCUGCUGUCACACCCAUCGGAAAUCAUGGGCACAGAUGAGGGUGUCACGUCGCAGUCAGUCAUUUUUGUCGUGGACGAGUUCGACAUGUUUGCCGCACAUCCUCGGCAGACGCUCUUGUACAACCUCUUUGACAUUGCGCAGUCCCGAAAGGCACCAAUCGCGGUUCUCGGCUGUACGACGCGACUGGAUGUGGUGGAAAUGCUCGAAAAGCGCGUCAAAAGCCGGUUUAGCCAUCGAUACGUCUAUCUGUCCCUUCCAAGGGCGCUUCCUGCGUACUGGCAGAUCUGUCGGCAAGGCUUGAUGAUUGACAGGACGGACGUGGAGCGGGAGGGCCUGGAUGUCAACGUGGACGGCUACGAUGACUUUCACAAGUACUGGACACGAAAAAUUGAGGAACUCUACAAGCAACGGGCGUUUCAGAACCUGCUGCAAUACCACUUCUACACGAGCAAGUCGACCUCAUCAUUCUUGACGGAGUGGGUCCUCCCGUUGUCAGGGCUGUCGGAGAAGGACGUGACGUUGAGCUGCCCGAUAACGGAGGCAGAGGCGACGAGCCUGGCGGCGCCCGACUCGCGGCUGCAGGUGCUCUCGACGCUUUCGGAGCUGGACCUGGGCCUCUUGAUCGCGGCGGCCAGGCUGGACAUUGUGGCGCACACAGACACGGUCAACUUCGCCAUGGCGUACGACGAGUACAGCUCGCUGGUGGGAAGGCAGCGGGUGCAGUCAGCGACGUCGGGGAUGCUGGCGAUGGGGGGCGGGACGCGAGCAUGGAGCCGGGGCGUGGCGGGCAUCGCGUGGGAGCGUCUCAUCUCGCUGGGGAUGCUGGUGCCAGCGGGGGUGGGCGGGAGCAGGGCGUUGGGGUACGGCGGGCUGGACGGCAAGAUGUGGAAGGUGGAGGUGAUGCUGGAGGAGAUUCCGGCGGCGGUGAAGCUGAGCAACGUGUUAGCCAAGUGGUGCCGGGAGAUUUGAGUCGGAGGCGGAGCUGGUCCGGACCGUCGUUGUGUCCGAAACGAAACGGUGCUCUGCCCCUAAGCUUGGUCCACGUAGUGUAAGAAGAAGGCCCGCGGACAGGUGAGGUAAAGCAAAAGAACAUCAACAGUAUAUGAUUAUGGAC